CAGUUGGUAUACAUGUCUACCGCGCGGUCGUACGGUGGCCCGCGUAACUGUAAACUCGCCUCAUUGUCAAGUUCGCGUGCGCCGGCGCAGUCCACAGAUGAUCGCUUCGCCGCAGUCACCAGUCACCGCUACUCGGAUAGAUGCGCGCGCAUACCGCCGGCCGAACCACGCGUCGCCCUCCAAACUCAAACUCAAACAUUCCAAACUGGAACGAACUAGUUUCUUAAAUUCUUUUUAAAUUUUGAAGUGUUAGUGGCCAUUCAUGGGAAUCCACGGCAGAUCGAACGGCCACAUCGAGGGCGCAAUGCCGCGUUUCAAAACCAUUCUCGUAACUGGUGGGGCCGGCUACAUCGGCAGCCACUGCGUCGUCGACUUGCUACAGAACGGACACGAGGUGGUCGCCAUAGAUAACUUCGCGAACGCAGUCGGCGACGACGACGGGUCGCCGGCGUUGAGGAAAGUGGAAGAGAUCACGGGAAAGAAGGUCACGUUCUACAGAGCUGACCUGCUGGACAAGCCGCAGAUUAAUGACAUUUUUGAUAAGCAUUCUGUGGAGUGCGUGGUGCACUUCGCGGCGCUGAAGGCGGUGGGCGAGUCCAUGGCGCAGCCGCUGCUCUACUACCAGAACAACGUGCUCGGCAUGCUCAACCUGCUUGAGGUGAUGCGCUCCCACGGCUGCUUCCAGCUGGUGUUCUCCUCCUCCUGCACGGUGUACGGGGAGCCCGAGCGUCUGCCCAUCACCGAGGAGCACCCGACGGGGAAGAUAACGAAUGUGUAUGGACGGACCAAGUACUUCAUAGAGGAGAUGCUGAAGGACUUGAGUGUGGCUGAUGAGCGCUGGAACAUCAUCUCGCUCCGCUACUUCAACCCGGUGGGCGCGCACCCGUCCGGCCUCAUCGGCGAGGACCCCACCAAGGAGUUCACCAACCUCAUGCCCUUCAUGGCGCAGGUGGCGCUGGGCAAGAAGCCCGUGCUCACGGUGUUCGGGAACGACUACAACACUCCGGAUGGGACGGGAGUGAGGGACUACAUCCACGUGAUGGACCUGGCCAGCGGACACGUCGCCGCGCUCAACUUGCUCAGCGCUAACCAUGUUGGACUCAAGGUAUACAACCUGGGCACAGGCAAAGGCGUGUCAGUAAAACAACUAGUGGACGUGUUCGAGCGAGUGACCGGCACGCGCAUACCGCUGCAGUACGAGGCGCGGCGGCUGGGGGACAUCACCGCCAUGUGGGCCGACGCCUCGCUUGCACGGACGGAGCUGGGGUGGACCACUACACGCAGUGUUGAGGAGAUGUGCACUGACUUCUGGAGAUGGCAGACCAUGAACCCCGAUGGCUAUGUCAAGAAGAACAAAACCAGUGUUAUUGUAAACGGCAAAAGUUAAUUUCUUUGAAAGAAAUCAUAUUAUUUUAAUUAGAUUUUAAUUUUAUAUUACGAAAUAAAUAUAAUUAACUUUUUU